CACCCCUGCUCCUCAAGCAGAACACCGUCAGCCACUAUCACCCAACAUCUCCGGGAAACGGAGAAUUAAAUUAACCAAACCAAAGCGUCUCUUUCUGUGUGAGCUCAGUGGUUGAACUGGUUUCGUGUCACUAGCAGCGCCCAGUACAGGCCAGUAUCAACAGUGUUUUAUUUUUUAUAGUCCUCCUCCUCAGAAGAUCUCAAGGAUCCGUUCGCUCAAAGGAAGACUCUGGGAACCGUUUUUUGUAGACUACGAAUAUAUCGUCCGGACGUAAAGCUUUUGUGUUUCCCAAAAAGGACAUUACUGGCGUCCAUCCUCAAGAAUGAAACAACUCGCCACCAAGACGGAGAUGAGCCGCUUCAACAUCUCCCAGGGAGAGGACAGCAGCGGCAGCUCCAACGAGUUCAGCUACCCGGACGGCCAGAAGGUCCCCAUUGACGGCAGCAGCUACACGGCCAAUGAUGACGCAGAGAACCAGAACUUUCUCCCCGACAACAACCUGGGCAAGAAGAAAUAUGAGACGGAAUACCACCAAGGAAAUGCGUCGUUUGGGAUGUCGGUGUUUAACUUGGGCAACGCCAUCAUGGGCAGCGGCAUCCUGGGUCUGUCGUACGCCAUGGCCAACACCGGUAUCGCCCUCUUCGUGAUCCUGCUGGUAGCGGUGGCCAUCUUCUCCCUGUACUCUGUUCACCUGCUGCUGAAGACCGCCAACGAAGGAGGCUCCCUGGUGUACGAACAGCUGGGCUACAAGGCCUUCGGCAUGCCCGGUAAACUGGCAGCCUCCUGCUCCAUCACCAUGCAGAACAUCGGAGCCAUGUCCAGCUACCUCUAUAUCGUGAAAUACGAGCUUCCCCUCGUCAUCCAAUCCUUCGUGGGGAACAAUGGAGAAUGGUACCUGAACGGAGACUACCUGGUGAUCAUCGUGUCUACGCUCAUCAUCCUUCCCCUCUCACUGCUCAGGAACCUGGGUUACCUUGGUUACACGAGUGGUUUCUCCCUGCUCUGCAUGGUCUUCUUCCUAAUUGUGGUGAUGUACAAGAAGACUCAACUGACUUGUCCUCUGCACGGCUUCGACGUCGAGAACGUCACGGUAACGGCCAUGCUCAACAGCACACUGGCGCUCAUCAACGAGUCGGCGGUGGACUACAGCGAGGACGUCUGCACUCCCAAAUACUUUGUCUUCAACUCCCAGACCGUCUACGCUGUUCCUAUCCUCACCUUUGCCUUCGUCUGCCACCCUGCUAUCCUCCCCAUGUACGAGGAGCUCAAGGACCGGUCCCGCAAGAAGAUGCAGGGCGUGGCCAACGUGUCCUUCCUGGCCAUGUUCAUCAUGUAUCUGCUGGCCGCUCUGUUCGGAUAUCUGACCUUCAACGUGAACGUGGAGCCUGAGCUGCUGCACACCUACUCCAAGGUGUACAAGAACGACCUGCUCCUGCUCAUCGUACGCCUGGCCGUGCUGACCGCAGUCACUCUCACCGUGCCCGUGGUGCUGUUCCCCAUCCGUACCUCGGUCAACCAGCUGCUGUGUGCGUCCAAGGAGUUCAGCUGGAUUCGCCACAUCAUUAUCACCGUGGUCCUGCUGGCCAGCACCAACCUGCUGGUCAUCUUCGUGCCCACCAUCAAGGACAUCUUCGGCUUCAUCGGUGCCUCGGCCGCGGCCAUGCUGAUCUUCAUCCUGCCGUCGGCCUUCUACAUCAAACUGGUCAAGAAGGAGUCCAUGAAGUCUGUGCAGAAGAUCGGGGCCACCAUCUUCCUCAUCUGUGGGAUCAUGGUCAUGUUCAGCACCCUGACCCUCAUCAUCCUCGACUGGAUCUCGACCAGCAACACUAACGGCAAGCACUAGACCGCCUGCGCCACCGCCCGCCGUCCCCGCCACCGGGGGGCAGCAGAGCACCACUCGCUCAGCUCCUACAACACCCUGACCCCCGGGGCGAAGACCACGCCAUUUCAACAGAAUGUAACUGAACUGUGUACAGUAUGUGGUGUUAGACCGCAAAGAACGGAUUUUACCUUUUAACUUUUUAUUUUCAUGUUUUGCUUGUUUGUCUCAAUUGUUUGUUUUUCGUCUUUUUUUGUAGGGCUGCACCGAAUCCACUUUUUUCUCAGUACAAGUACUUGAAUUUGGGUACUUGCCGAUACCGAGUACCGAUACUUAAAGGUUGGGUAUGGGAUUUGCGAAAAGCCAGCAGAUUUUGAAAACACACAACUGAAAUGGUCGAAAGGUUGCUAAACGUUUUUUUUUACGUCACGUUACGUAAAGUGGUACCUGGUGGUUGUAUCGGAGGAGUAUUCUGAGUACGAGUGCCUGAGCACAGUAUCGAUCCGAGUUCUGGUAUCGGUGCAUCCCUCGUUUUUUUUUUAAUGUUGUCGUUUCGUUACCCGCAAUUUCAAUUUUUUCAGUAUUUACGGCUAAAUUCAGCAAAGAAAUGCGACAAAAAAGAAUCAUCUGAAGGUGCCUCAAACAGGGAUGCAUGGCAGUUGAGAUAUUCAGACGAUAUUCAGGUACUGUAUUGUGUGUGUGACCGUGACCUGCUGCCUGCGUCCUCCAAACCCAAAGCAAACUCAUCUCUGGAAUCUGACACGGAUUAUCCUUGAACACAUAAAUUACCCCCACGGCAUACUACAGCUCCUUCCAACUGCGUUUUUUCGUUAUUUUUUGUACGUUUGUUAACUUUUUGAUUGUUUAUUCCGAUUUUUACUUUGCCAAAAGAUGCAUUUGAAAAACUUUGUUAUUGUAUAUUGAAAAGCACUUGUGAACAAACAGAAAGUCUGGGUCCGUUCUGAUGAUUCUGGCCUGCUGCACCACCUAUCAGUAUUCGGUACAAGUGGCAUCACUUUGGUACCGGUUUGAUUUCUGGCUUCACCUGUAAAACCUCUCGUGUUAAAGUCGACAACUCCUGCCUUGUCGAAGCCCUGGUGGGGCAGUAUUGGUAUCUGCCACCAGAGGGCGCCAGUGUUUUCACAACUGUAUUUAACGUUACUCUUCAUAACCGACUCGAUCGUAUUGGGGAGAAUGUGUACUCACACCCAAGACACUACUGCUUACGGGGUCGGACAACCUCCCAGCCCUGCCUCUACCCAGAGGCCGUGUUUUCUGCACCAGAGAGUCCUCUGAAUCGGACCACAUGCAGUGGUUAUAACGUACCUGUAUUGUUUUUACAUUUUAAACACUUGGGGUCUACUACCCCAACUAGCAAGGCUGCACAUGACCACACAUUGUGUCAACUGUUACAAAAACCUGCUCGCAUCGCAACGCUUAGGAGAGUGCUGGUCAUGUUUCGGAGUCGGUUUCCCCCCAGCCCCCCCACCCACCAUUUUUUUUAUUUUAUUUGUGCGGUUGAACCGGUUCGUUAUUUUUCAACCGGUCCUUUUCGUUGGAGCUGGAGACUUCGUUGUCUGCGCUCCUCACGUCCGUCACUACUUCUGUCGGUACACUGGGCUUCCAACGCUAUCGGACCAUCCAAACCGUUAUCACUCGCCGACUAUUUAUGGAAGUUUAAAUCAAUGUAAUUUAAUCUAUUUUACUAUAUUUAUAUAAUAUUGUAUGUAUAUAUGUACAUAUAUUGAGUUGAACUGUAUAUACGCUUUUUGUUUUUACCUUAUUUGU